AAAGGCCAUACAUACACACAUACGCGGCGCUGACCCGAUCGCAGUUCCCCACCCGCCACCACACCCGCACCUUCCCUUCCCCCGAGCGACCGCGCCUCGGCUCGGCCAGUCAACCCAACGAGCCCCGGCCGUGCCUCGACCAGUCAACCAUGGGCGACGCCACGGCCCCGGCGUCGGCGAGCAGCAAGACGGCGGAGCUGGACGCGCCGCUCAGCGCCCUCGGCUUUGAGAUCGAGGAGGUCUCGCCGUCGCGGCUCACCGGCCGCCUCCUCGUCACGGACACCUGCUGCCAGCCGUUCAAGGUGCUCCACGGCGGCGUGUCGGCGCUGAUCGCGGAGGGCCUGGCGAGCAUGGGCGCGCACAUGGCCUCGGGCUACCGCCGCGUCGCCGGCAUGCAGCUCAGCAUCAACCACUUCCGGAGCGCCGCCGCCGGCGACACCGUCCUCGCGCGGGCCGUCCCCGUCCACAUCGGCCGCUCCACCCAGGUAUGGGAGGUGAAGCUCUGGAAGAUGGAUGCAUCCACGCAGGGGGAAGGGCCUCAAAUCGCAGAGGCAAGGGUCACGCUCCUCUGUAAUCUACCGGUGCCGGAUGAGAUGAAAAGCGCAGGAGAACCCCUUAGAAAAUACUCUAAACUCUGAAACUCCACCGACACAUCCUCCUUUCCCUGUCCUGCCAGUCUUAGCUAUAAAGUUUCGUAAAGGAAAAUUAAGAGAUCAACACAUUUGAAGAAAAGGUAUCAGGUGCAGUGCAGGCAUAUCAAGUUUCAUGGUAUUUUCAUUUUCUUUGAAAUCUGUCCGCAUAAGGAUCGGAGGUAUCAGGAAAAGGAUACCCGAUGUGCCAAGCAGUAAAUGUGCGCAAAAAUCUGCACGUGUUUCUUUGUUUCACAAAAUCGGGAUUUCAAUAGUUCGAUGUCAAAAUCUGAAACGAAGAGAAAUAAAUUUAUCCGGGCCUUUACUCAGGCAUUUGGAGCACUGGUGGAUUAGACCACUUAAGUUCUCUACGUGCACUCUCAGAAAGGACGCAAUGCUCAUCCACAUCUUCAGGCUGUGCUCAUUCCUCAUGCCCGUUUUUGUUCCUUGUUGUGAACAAUCUGUACACCUGUACGAUCGCCGGUCGGUUAACUACGAAGUACCCAGUCCCAAGUAAUUCACCGUUAA